AGGAUGGUGAUUGUGGAGCGUGGCCAUAGUAGACUUAGGAGUAUAUAAGGCCCACCGACCCAACCCAAGUCAGUCAUUCACCGGACUAUCAACCCACCAUACACACAACAAAUAUGAAGACCUUUAUUGUGUUCGCUUGUUUGGCUGUGGCGGCGGCCCGUGCCGGAAUCGCCCACGGAGGUUACCACGGUCACGGUUACGGAGGUCACGGUGGAUACGGAGGUGGUUACGGAUUCGCCGGACACGGUGGAGCCGGACUUAGCGGUGGACUCGCCGCUGGUGCUGGAACCGCAGCCUCUCUCCAAGGAGGAGCCUCCAGCUUGGGAUCUGGUGGUCUUGGUGCCAGCUACGCUGCUGGUGCUGCUGCCGCUGCUGGUGCCGCAGGAGUCCAACAGAUUGUAUCUGGUGGAGUAACUGGAGGCAGGUCUGACAUCGGACCCGCAGAAGGACCAAAAGCCAACGUUGGACCCCAGAGCGGACCAUCAGACCUCGUAGGACCCCAAGAAGGAGCUAAAUCCGUAGGAGGACCCCGUACCGGACCCGCCAGCCUUGUUGGACCCGCUGCCGGACCAUCCACCCUUGUAGGACCAUCCCAAGGAACUGCCACCCUUGUUGGACCAUCCCAGGCUACCGCUAGCCUUGUUGGACCCAGCUACGGAGGUGUUGCUUUCUACGCCGGUGCCGGUGGAAUCAACGGUGACGACGGUAGCUCUGGCUCUGCUGCUGCUGCUGCUCCCGGUGGUGGAUUCGGUGGUUUCGGAGGUCCAGGUGCCAUUGCCGUCAUUGGUGGUGGUCCAGGAAUCCACGGUGCCAUUGGUGGACACGAUGCCGGAGUUGCUGUGAUCAACGGACCAUCUGGAGCAAUCCACGCUGGUCUUGGCUCCCACGGAGCUAUCUUCCCCGGAGCAAUCCACGGCCAUGGUCACGGUAAAUGGCAGUAAGACGGUCCAGGACCCUAGCGAUCUCGGUGCGGUGACGGCGGCGAACUUACCACAAUCAUACCUAUCUACAAUUUAAAAAUAUAAGCCCUCAGCAUGUAACCAAGGAGUAGUUGAACACUAGUUUGUGAGAUAAAUUGGGCACCCAACCACCAUCUGGGCUACACUACUGACUUUACCAAAUAAUUGUCUCUCAUCCACGGAUUAUUAAAUUUAUAAAAUUACACCGUUUGACCUCAAGCAUCACUUCCAGCAUCACCAUCAUCAUCACAGCUAGAAGUGUAGACAUUCGACGAUGAGAAGCAAUCCAAUUUGGAUAAAACCAAGUGAGAUUCGAAAAACCAACAAAGCUGUUCUGUUUUAUUGAACAGCCAGGUUACCGUCUACUCACAUGGGUUUUCCAACGUAGUUCACCCGAUCGACUCACUAACAAGGUACUAUCCCUUGAUGAGGUAACACCUGCCCAUCAAACGGUUCUUUGUAGAUGUUCAACUCACUGCAGCAUAUAAGCAUACAUAUUUUUUAUUACAUACUCGUCCAUGUCUUCUUCUUCCUUUUUAUUUUUUUAUUUUUAUAUAUCUAUAUAUAUUUAUAUAUAAAUAUAUAUGUGUAUAUAUAUAUUCACAUAUCAGUGUAUAUAUUGGGUAUUUGUAUUGUACAUGCAUACUUAUACAUUAAUAUAUAUUACUAAUGUUACCAUACAUAUAUACACAUAAUUGUUAUAUCAGUGAAGGAGACUGGUGGGUUGUGGUAGGUCAGCCGUUCCUGUGAGUGAAUCAAUGUAUAUAGAUGGCGCGCCGUCGCCGGCCCUCGACCCCGCCCGCCCUCGUCAUACCCUUUCUAUGCGAUCACGACUAGCACCCCACCACCACCAUAGAUAGAUACCACGUAUUUAUAGCGUUUAUACAUUUAUACAAUACUUUAUAUAAAAAAAAUAAAGCAUCAGUAUUUAAAACUCA